AUGGCUGGCGCCCGGCACGCCUCGUUCAGCACCACGGUGGAGCUCAUCUGCUUCGACGCGGAGAGCGGGAUUCGCAGCCCGGGCAGCUUUCAGCACGUGGAGAUGACAGGGGCGCGCGGCACCGCGCGGCGGUCUUCCCCGACGCCCGCGCGGGGGGCCCCGGCGGGCCGCGGCGGCGCUUCCACGGCGCCGUGGCCCUGGCCGUCGAGCGCGGCGGCCGUGCCGGAUCUCCGAGGGCUGCUGGAGCUGGAGGCCGAGUGCUUGCCCAGCAGCCCAUCUACUGAGCCGGGCGGCAGCGGUUCCGAGAGCUUCGCCGACGAGAACCUGUUCGCGAAGGUCGCCCAGCGGCGCCGCAUCCGGCGCAGCGUCACCGCCAACCAAGGGCCAGGCCUUCCUCAGCACGCCCUGCCAGAGAUGACGAUGUCGAGAAUCCUCAUGCGGCGUCGGUCAGCCCGGAGCUCCUAUCGCGUGGACAGCUCGUGCAGCGGGACGAGCAGCAUCAGCAGCCUCGGCGAGUGA